UUGAUAAAUUGUCGCAUUGAGCCAUUUCUGUUCUAUUCAGAAAUUUUGAGUUUUUUUGUUCACUUGUUAAUCUGAAUUUGUUUCUAUGAAUUUUCUUGGUAGAUGGUUUAUGAUAUUGGGUGAACUUUAAUUCCACUUAUUUGGGAGGGGAAAAAAGUAUAGGCUGCACUAAAAUGAAUAGUGUCCACCAUCUGUUUGAUUAAUUGCCACAUUGAGACAUAUUGUCAUAUUCAGAAUGGUUUUUUUUACCUUCUAUGUUCUGUUUGAUGUGGAGAGUACAAGUGUUACGAACUUGAACCUUCAAACAAUUCAGAUGACGAGCUAUGUGAAAGAGACAUUUGAAUUUAUGAAGCUUGCUUUAGAACAGGCAAAUGAUGCAUUAGCCAAUCUUGAAGUUCCAGUUGGCUGUGUCUUUGUUGAGGAUGGGGAAGUCAUUGCCUCAGGAAGAAAUCGAACAACUGAAACAAGAAAUGCUACAAGACAUGCAGAGAUGGAAGCAAUUGAUUUUCUAGUUCAACAGUGGCAGAAAAAUGGACUUUCACCUCUUGAAGUUUCUGAAAGAUUCUCAAAGUGCACUCUGUAUGUCACCUGUGAGCCAUGUAUAAUGUGCGCAGCAGCCUUGUCAUAUCUUGGAAUAAAGGAGGCAUAUUAUGGAUGUGCAAAUGAUAAAUUUGGAGGCUGUGGAUCUGUACUAUCACUUCAUACCAGCAACUCUAAUCUUCCAACUAGUGAAUUAGCCUCAUCAAAAAAGGGUUUCAAAUGCACUGGGGGAAUAAUGGCUUCUGAAGCAGUUUCUCUUCUUCGGAGCUUCUAUGAGCAAGGAAAUCCAAAUGCACCAAAGCCUCACAGACCUCUAAAGCAGCAAGUAUAGAAGUAGCAAGUGUCAGUAUUCCUUCAACUUCUGGUACAAUUUGUUGGUUAUCAUCCAACAUUGGUACGGUUUUAUAUUAUUGAUUAUUUAUAAAUUAGUUCAAAUACUUUAUGAUUAUCGAUUGCUUUAAUAGGAAGGGGCAAGUGGCAAAAUAUUCGUAUUUGAGGCCACCAUUUAUGUCAUAGCUGAAUUUUAUAAAUUUUUGUAAGGUUAGUCAAGGCAUGCAAGACUAAAGUUGUAAGACAUUGUAAACUAAACUUGGCAUAUUGAUGUGCAAGCAAACUUUUGAUUUUUUUUUUCUUUGGA